GCUCAGCCCAGCCCCCAGGCCGCCGCGGCCCUUGACCUUGCCCCUGGCACGCUCCGCGCACGCGCAGGCCGCACAGGCCGUGGCUGGGCCCAUGGCGUCCGAGCGGCUCCCGAGCCGGCCAGCCUGCCUCCUCGUGGCCAGCGGCGCCGCCGAAGGCGUGUCAGCCCAGUCCUUCCUCCACUGCUUCACACUGGCCAGCGCCGCCUUCAAUCUGCAGGUGGCCACCCCCGGGGGGAAGACCAUGGACUUCGUGGACGUGAACGAGAGCAACGCGCGCUGGGUGCAGGACUUCCGCCUCAAGGCCUACGCCAGCCCCGCCAAGCUCGAGUCCAUCGACGGUGCCCGGUACCACGCCCUCCUGAUUCCCAGCUGUCCUGGGGCCCUGGCUGACCUGGCCAGCAGCGGGUCCCUGGCUCGCAUCCUGCAGCACUUCCGCUCCGAGAGCAAGCCCAUCUGUGCUGUGGGCCACGGCGUUGCCGCCCUCUGCUGUGCCACCAAUGAGGACAGGUCCUGGGUGUUCCAAGGCUACAGCGUCACGGGGCCUUCCGUGUACGAGCUCGUCCGGGCGCCCGGCUUCGCCCACCUGCCCCUGGUCGUGGAGGACUUCGUGAAGGACGCGGGGGCCUGCUUCAGUGCCAGCGAGCCUGACGCCGUGCACGUGGUGCUGGACCGCCACCUGGUCACUGGCCAGAACGCCAGCUCCACCGUCCCGGCCGUGCAGAACCUGCUCUUCCUCUGCGGCAGCCGGAAGUGAGGUGGCCCCGAACUGAGCCCGCCAGCGGAUGCCACCACCUCCAGAUGUCCCGGGUGUCCCCAGAGGCAGCUGGACUCUCAGGCUUCCGGGAACCCCAUCUUCACGACACCCCAGCCUGGCUUGCUGGGGGCUCUGAGGAUCCUCCCUGAGGGGUGAAGGCUCUGGGGGAGGGGCUGAGCCCCCCACCCUGCAGAGUCUCCUCAGGGAGGGGUGGGGAGUGCCGAGGGCCCGCUGGCGGCCGGGUGGCCCUGGAGCAUUCUGAGUUCCCCGCAGAGGGUCGGCUGUGGGGUCCGGGCUGGGGUCUUGGCUCCUCUGCCCGUCCCUAUUCACCCUGGCGGGGGCGGGGGGGCAGAGGCUGAGCCUUCCUGGAAGCUGGGUGGCUGCCGGCUGGGAUCCCAGGGUCCCGCUUCUGUGCUGAGGCUCCUCCCAGGCCUCCCUGCGGUCUCCCCAGGCCUUUGGGCGUUGGUGGGGGCUGGGUGGGGAGGGGCCCGCUGGCUGCUGCUGAAGAACCUGCUCUCACCCUAACCCUUGCCUAGUGCACGGUUUCAAAUGUGAUGGCAACCCCGUGUUAAGGCCAGGAUGGACUUUGGGGUGGAUGCUGCAGUGUCACCACGUCCCUUCUGAUGUUGAUAAACACUUUUAAUUGUGGAUACAACACACGGCCCUGCCCAGGUGGCCUCGGGUCCUGACGGCCGAGCCUGGUUUUGCAGCUGCUCUGCCUGUUUCAAGGUGGAUGUGACGGAGCCGAGUUCCACUUGGAAGGAGGCCUUGAGUGGGGCUGGCUGGGCUGGGUUGGCAGGGGCGGCGGACAGUCCUGGGGAUGCCAGGUGGCUGUCCAGCCAGCCGAGUCCCAGUGCAGCCUGGAGGCUCUCCAGCUUCCCCAGGGCACCUGUCCUGGCCUGUGGCCCUUGGCUGGGGCCUCCUGGAGCCGCUCUGGCCCCGUGUGUCACCAUCCUUGUCUCAGCCUGACUAGCUCUGCCGCAUCCAACCCCUCAGGACAAAGGAGGAGGAAGCAGGGCGCCCGAGUCGGAGGCGAUGCUCCCACGUGCUCCUUUCUGUCCGGCAUCUCCCGGCGUCAGGGCCCCUGCCACCUGCUGGCCUGCUCUGUGCACACAUGGGGCCUAGGCAGCCCCAUCGUUCAUCCCAUGUUUGCAGUCGCCACAUCACGGAGUCAUGGACGUCUCUGGACAAAAAGUUUUUUUCAAAUGAUGACGCCUUCUGACUGUGCAGACCAAGACCCAGGCGGGCUCUGCGGGCGCCCCUCCACAGCCCUGCUCCCUGGUCGCUGAUGCUUUCUGAGUCUGCCCCACUGGCUGGUCCUGGGUAUGCCAGGUCCAGGGCACUGGGGUGGCCACUGGGUGGGUGCAGGUGCCUGUGCCCCCGGGGGCUCCCCACAUUCCCGGGGUGUUUAAAAUAGACCCUGAGGUUUAUCCAAGAGAAAGAAAGACCUACAACUCUACAAAAACAGUGCGUGAACAUCUGUGGUGUUUUUUGCGAUAAGCUGUAGCUUCCAUAAAAGGAGCAUUCUUACUACUGGACGGUAUUAACGUCCAUGCGGCGGACCCUUGGAAGCAAGCUCAGCAAAGGAAACCAGACAGAUACGAAAAACCCCAAAACUCAGCGUGGGCCGGUCAUUUGUGGCUGGGAAUGGGGGCAGAUCGGGGGACAAGCAUGUUCUAAGGUGCUGGCCGCACAGGGUUGUACCUGUGAGCAGGCGGGCUUCAUGUCCGUCACUGGCAUCCACGGUCUCCAUCCUGAGGCCCCAGGCCAGGCAAGAUGGUGAGCUGAGACCUCCACGCCCUCCUAGGACACAGCCCUUUGAUCAGCUCGGGGGAGGGGGCUGCAGGAAGCCUUAGCCCCCUGACCCGACCUGGCCAGGCAGCUGGGGGCUGGGGGCGAGAAGCCCUGCCCACCUCAGCAGGUCCCUGUGCUACGGCACCCAACCCAAGGCCACCCCCUCAGCACCAGGAUGGGGGGGGCAGCCUGGGCAGGCUAGGUGGCCCGAGGGGUGUGGCCCAGGGUGGCACCUGUCCCCGGCUGCUCAGCAUUCCCCUGCGUUUGGGGAGGGUGGCAGCUUCAGAACCGCAAGUCCCAGCCACCUGCUCCAACGCCAGCAGACGGGGGUUCCAGGAGCCCCACUCACCUGCAGGGAGCCGUGGGGAACAAGCCCAGCCCAGCAGGCGCCCCCAGGGCGGGGGUGGGGGCACAGGGGCUCCCCGUUGACCCUCAGCCAGACCCAGGGCAGCGUCCCACAGGACUGUCCUGACACCUGGCUCCACUGGCGCAGGCCUGGAGGGUCCGCCGGGGCCCCUUCCACCCACCUCGUGCUCCCAGGCAGUCUCACCCAGACCCUGUGUCCCCCCACCCCCAGCUUCGCUGUUCCAAGAACAGAGGCUGGUCCCAGGGGAGAGGAAGGGGCUCCCCUGUGGACCACCCGUCACCGCCCCCCACCAACCCCUUCCCAGAAAAAUCCAGAGGGUGCAAGUGAAGUGUCUCUUCACAAGCUGUGCCCUGCGUCUGCUCGGGGUUUGAGGCUUGGAAGUCCUGCUCAGCGCACGCUACGCUGUCCCCACAAGGUGGCGCCAUCGCCCCACCUGUGCCUCCGCCCCAGGGCAGCGUGGAGCGGCUCAGAGGCAUGGGGGCUGUCCCAACAGGUCCGGACGGCCGGAGGCUCUGACGCAGAGGCUCCUCUCUGCGGGCCCGGCCCCCGCACAGCUCCAGCGGGCCCCUGGCACCCUCCCACCCAACUCCGCAAGCACAGCCUACAAGCCCCGGGGCCGUCGGGCUCCAGACACAGAGGAAGUGCUCAGGCAGUCCCUGCCUUCUGUGUCCAGGCUCCCAGAAGCAGGUGAGGGGCUGUCACCCCUGCCUGGAGGCCCCCAGGGGGCUCUUGACCCAACCCCGCCUCCAUCGGGCCAGGCUGCAGCCAGCGAGAAAGGACGCACACACGGAACGAAAAGUGACACCUUUAAUGCGCUGAGCAGAAUUUUACAUAAAAUCAGAAAUCUGUGAUUAAUCCCCGCUCCGAUUAGUAAAAAAAAUCCAAGAUUCGUCGCAAGGCAUAUGUGCAAUUAGGCCCCAAUUCAAAGUCGGCGGCAUAUCUGUGGUCCAGCCUCAGGUGCCAAGCUAUUUUCCGUUCUCCGCGCUGAACAUUCGUUCCUAGAGAUGGGCAGUGUGAGCUGGUGCGCUGUCCUCCCCCGCCCCGGCCCCUCCCAACCGUAACCCGGGCUCUCACCCUCAGCAUCCGCUCCAGCUUCACAGCGUCCGCGGCGAACCUGCGGAUCCCGUCCGAGAGCUUCUCCACGGCCAUGCGGUCCUCGUUGUGCAGCCAGCGGAAGGCCUUCUCGUCCAGGUGGACCUUCUCCAGGUCACUGGCCUGGGCUGGGGGAGGGCAUGCGCCGGGGCCUUGGGCUCAGAGCCGCCCUAAGGCCCCUCCCUGGCGCGGCCCCCACGGCAGGUGGGCUGGACAGCAGGUGAGUGCAGGCUGGCCCUGCGGCUCUAGGCUCCACACCCUCAGGUGACGGAGGCACCGGUGUCCCCAUGGGGGCCUUGAGCGGGGCGGGGGGCUUCUUACCUGCCUUGACCGAGAGCGUGGGCGCCAGCUUGCUGUGGUCCUUGAGCAGCUCCCCCAGGAGCUGGGGUGAGAUGGUGAGGAAGUCGCAGCCCGCCAGGGCCUUGAUCUCGCCCGUGUUGCGGAAGGAGGCGCCCAUGACGACGGUCUCGUAGCCGAACUUCUUGUAAUAGUUGUAGAUCUUGGUGACGCUCUUCACUCCUGGGGAGACAUGCCCGGAGCUGCCACGCCGGCCGCCGGCAGCAGACAGCGCAGCACCCCUCCGCCCCUGCCUCCCAGUGCUCCUCACCGGGGUCCUCCAGGGGCUCAAAGGACUUCUUGUCCGUGUUGGCCACGUGCCAGUCGAGGAUGCGGCCCACGAAGGGGGAGAUGAGCGUCACCCCCGCCUCAGCGCAGGCCACGGCCUGGGCAAAGGAGAAGAGCAGCGUCAUGUUGCAGUGGAUGCCGUGCUGCUCCUCCAGCUGCCUGUGGGCGGGGGAGGGCGGCAUGAACAGCAGGGACACAGCGAGAAACGCUCGCGAUUCAGUAACUGCAAAGGCAGGAACAGGGUCGCCCCAUCCUCGUCAAGAGCAACUCUGGGGCUUCCCUGGUGGCUCAGUGGUUAAGAAUCCACCUGCCAACGGAGGGGACACGGGUUCGAGCCCUGGUCCGGGAAGAUCUCACAUGCCGCGGACCAACUAAGCCCCGUGCGCCACAACUACUGAGCCUGCGCUCUAGAGCCCGCGAGUCACAACUACUGAGCCCGUGUGCCACAACUACUGAAGCUCAUGAGCCUAGAGCCUGUGCUCGUCUACAAGAGAAGCCACCGCAAUGAGAAGCCUGCGCACCGCAAAAAAGGGUAGCCCCCGCUUGCCGCAAUUAGAGAAAGCCCACACGCAACAAAGACCCAAUUCAGCCAAAAAUAAAUAAAAUAAAUUUAUUUAAAGAAAAAACAAAACAAAAAA